UGUCAGCAUAUUUUUUAUGGCGGUGUUACAUUUCAAUAAGUUGUGAAUAGAAGUCUCGCUUUUAUUCUCGAGCAAUCAAUUGUGUUACUAAUCAGUAAGAAAAAUGAAUGAAUCCAUUUUAAUCGCAAAAGGAGCAUUUUCUCUUUAUUACCAAUUUUAACACAGUAUAAUCGAUCAAUUUUUGCCAUUUCUUCAUUUGAUAUUCAUUGAAAUCCUCAUCCAAUGAUGGUGGAUUAGAGUACAUAUCAUCGUCAUUUUUUCUGUUGAUUUGGAAACGGUAUACUUCUGAAUAAAUUUGUUUGAAUAAUUUGAAAAUUGUCUUUAUAAUGACGCUGGAACAUUUGACGUACACAGUGCUUAAACGAACGUAAUGAAAAAAAUGAAGCUUUUCACCAUAUCGCGUUUGUUAGUCAUGAUUCUGGCGCCAAUAAUGGUGUUGGGCGGUACAUGUACAAGUAAAGAUAAAAAUGGUGGUUCAAGUUCAAGAUAUGGCAGUCGAAGCUCAAGUUCAGUGUCAACAGACUAUUCAGAGGUAUUCGCUCCAGCUCCAGUAUGCCCUGCGACUCCAUUUUAUCAAAAAAUCACAUUGCCACAGGUGUACGUGUAUCCUACGCAUCUCGAGACUAUUCGAUUUGCCUUUCCUGAUUUUAUGGCAGCAUGCUCUGCUAAACCUGAUUCACAAUAUCUGAAACUAAGAUUUAGAGCUAUGAACGACCCAAGUAUACAACUUCCGAGAUGGUUAUUGCCUGGUGAAUAUGAUGAUCUAAAUGUAAUUUGCAAUCAAAUCAAUGGACUUGGUGAAAAACUUGAGAAGGCCUGCUACGCAAAUGGUUAUAAUAAUUUUAAAAGGGAUUAUCCCACUAUAAAAACUCUGAUAAAAAGCUUGAAAUCUCUUUAUAAUCAAUCAUCCAAUGAUAUGACGAAACGGCAAUGCAUUAGCCUAGUUUGUUAUGACUUGCAUACACUGACUGUCUAUAUGAAUGCACUGAAUGGCCAGCGGAGAUGAUCUUAAAAAAAUCUUUAGAUUCAGUCUUAAUUUUUUUGUAAUUUGAAAAAAAAA